AUGUCCAACGAGCGUGUGUUGGAGCUGCUGCGCCAGCGCAGGAUGAGGGAGGUUGAGAUUCUGCUGCUUGAUCCUUGUGGGUCGGGGAAGUCGACGUCCACUGGCAGCAUUUCUGUCGAUGCCGAGGUGUCGGAUGCGGAGAUGCAGGAUAAAAUUUAUAAGCACCUGUGCGAGACGCAGCAUUCUGCUCCGGCCUCCGCAGAGCACAUUUGCUUCCAGUACUUUAAUCCCCACGCGAGACAGCUUGUAGAUCCCACGGAGGCUUCUCUCCUUUUUCCGAGUUCCACGAUUGCGGGUUCAUUUGACUUCGUCUGGCCUGGUGGGGAGCAACGAAAGCUGUUUGUGACGCUGCUUCCGAUCCCGUGGAGGGCACUUGACAAGCUGCGUACUGUGUUGUUUAACGUGGGCGGCGGCAUACGUCCCACCGUGUACAUCGAAGCGAGGCCGUACAAGUUAGCUGAGUUGUUUCGUCUUGCACAGGAGCAGGCGGCUCCCUGCCUUCCAGAUGACAUCUGCCGUUACAUGGCGAAUGGCCUGAAGGAGGGCAUUCCCGUGUUGCGCCUCAUUAGCGGUUUCACCGACCGAACUCAGCGUGUGCACGUAGUCGAGGAUGAGGAAUUGCCGCAGCGAGGUGGCGUGUAUGUAGUCGACGUGCUGGCGGAGCUGAGGCCGGGGUUUUCGCGCGUGAACGUCGUCUUUUACGGUCGACGAUCAGGGGAGGGACAGUUGGAUUUCCCGACGAAUAUUGCACUGACAGACGGGUACGAGGAGACGGGGGAGGAGAUCGUCCAGCGGGUGGUCGCGAAGAUCCGGGCGACGGCGAGCGCGGAGGAGGUUGGGCGAUGGAUCGUUGCCGUGAGGGGCGGGUCAGGCGUUACUCGAACCGUGGGCCCGAAGGAGGUGCUGAAGCGUGUCAUGCAGGAAAUCGAUGAGAAGUUGGAGUGCCUGACGAUUGAUCGCCCACGCUCCUCCUCACGCGAUGGCGUCGGUGAGGCUCGGCAGGGUGUUGCGCACUCCAUCGUUAUUUAG